CUGUUCGUACUUCUAUUAUCUCACAUACUUUAAAGAUAUGGAGAACACCCAACUCUGAAAAUUGCGUGAUGAAUCAUGAAUUGCAUGCGCUGUUUUUUGUUUGUUUUUGUUAUCCUCAGUUUUAUGCAUGAUAAGAACUGCACUUAUACGUUAUCAAACUGCGUUCUUGUUAUAGCAGCCUGCCCUCCAAAGCAAGAAAGAAUUCAUUAAUGGAGAUGAUUUUGUUAUUUUUGUAUAUCUUAGUGUUUCCAUGCAUCCCUGGAGAUGCCAGGUUUUAUGGCAGUGCUUUUACUACACGAGGAAAUAAACACUUUGAAUUAUAUCCAAGUGGCCAUAUCAUUUAUAGAGAAAAUUCUGCUGUCACAGGCCUCACAGCAACAAAAUGCAAUUUGUUUUCAGGGAAGUGGGUUCAUGAUGUCUCAUAUCCACUGUAUAAUGCUGCUGGUUGUCCGUACAUUGGUACUCAAACAAAGUGCAGACCAAAUGGGAGACCAGAUUCUGACUAUGAGAAGUGGAAAUGGCAGCCAGAUGGGUGCACCAUUCCAAGGUUCAAUAGUAAUGAUAUGCUAGAGAAGCUCAGAGGAAAGAGAUUGAUGUUUGUUGGGGACUCGAUAAGCAGAGGUCAGUUUGAGUCCAUGGUCUGCCUUAUUCAGGCAGGAAUUCCAAGCAACAAGAAAGUUAUGGCUGAUAAGAUGCCUCUCGCAACAUUCAAAGCCCUGGAUUAUAAUGCUUCUGUCGAAUUAUUUUGGGCUCCAUUUUUGGUUGAGCUGGAAACCAAUAAAAAGGGGAAAACAAUUCUUCACUUAGAUUCUAUAGCAAAUAAUGGAAAGUAUUGGAAGGAAGCAGAUAUCCUGGUUUUUGAGUCAUCCCACUGGUGGGAUCAUACUGGUGGAAGUAGUGGAAAAACAUGGGACAUAGCCAUGGAAGGCAAUAAGACGUAUAGCAGUAUGGACCAUAUGGUUGCUUACAAAAAGGCGCUUAGUACUUGGGCAAAUUGGGCAAAUUCACAUAUAGAUUUCAAAAAAUCAAUGGUAUUUUUCAGAACCAUGGCACCUCGCCAUACAAGUUGCGAGAAUGAGAGGGAGCCUGUGCAGCACACAUCUGCAUACAAUCCUCCAUUACCUCCUCAGGUGCCAAUACUAAAACAAGUUGUGAGCUCCACAAAAUUACCUGUUGUUUUGAUGGACAUUACAAGGAUGUCCCAGCUACGCAAGGAUGCACAUCCCUCAAAGUAUAAUUCCCCUCAUCCAAGCGGUAAUGGAGACUGUAGUCAUUGGUGUUUAUCAGGGGUUCCUGAUAUAUGGAACGAGCUUUUGUAUUCCUUAGUGGGUAAAGGAAGGCAUUAAGGCUGGGCUUUCAUAGAAAGAAAUAAAGUUUAUGGGUUCCAGCAUUGAUAAGUGGUGGGUACAUUGAAUCCAGUUACAUCACCUCCAUUACCAAAGAUUGUCUAUACAUGGUGCUUUCUUGGCCCAUCUCUACGUCUUUUCUUGUAACUUAUUAUCACAUUUUCAUUCGUAAAUCUAUACACGUCCACCCAGUUUUCUUCUAGCUGAAGUUAACUUCAAAUACCAAUGAUUUAUACUUUUACUCUUUA